AUGUCAGGUCCUGUUGAUCGAUUCGCAAGACCAUGUUUUGAGGGAUUCUUGAGCAGUGAUGAGAAAAAAGAGAGAAAAUCUGAUUUUGAGAAUUCAGAAGAUGAGAGGAGAACAAGAAUCGGUACUUUGAAAAAGAAAGCAAUCAAUGCAUCUACGAAGUUCAAGCAUUCUCUCAAGAAGAAGAGAAGAAAAAACGAAGUCCGAGUCAGUUCUGUAUCCAUCGAAGAUGUUCGUGAUGUCGAGGAGCUUCAGGCGGUUGAUGAAUUUAGACAGGCGUUGGUAAUGGACGAGCUGCUUCCAACUAAACACGAUGACUAUCACAUGAUGUUGAGGUUCUUGAAGGCGAGGAAAUUCGACAUUGAGAAAGCAAAGCACAUGUGGGCAGAUAUGAUCCAGUGGAGGAAAGAAUUUGGUACCGAUACUAUUAUUCAGGAUUUCGAGUUUGAAGAGAUUGAUGAUGUCCUGAAAUAUUACCCGCACGGUUAUCACGGUGUAGAUAAAGAAGGCAGGCCUGUGUAUAUUGAAAGGCUAGGGAGAGUUGAUCCUAACAAACUGAUGCAAGUUACAACGAUUGAUCGGUAUCUAAGAUAUCAUGUUAAGGAGUUUGAGAGGAGUUUUAUGAUCAAGUUUCCUUCCUGCACAAUUGCUGCGAAGAAGCAUAUUGAUUCAAGCACAACUAUUUUGGACGUCCAAGGAGUGGGAUUAAAGAAUUUCAGCAAGUCUGCUCGCGAGCUUGUUACGCGGUUGCAGAAGAUUGAUGGAGACAAUUAUCCCGAGACUCUUCACCAAAUGUUUAUCAUCAACGCAGGGACCGGAUUCCGUGUACUUUGGAGCACAGUGAAGAAGUUUCUAGACCCCAAAACAACUUCUAAGAUUCAUGUGCUCGGUAACCAGUAUCAGAGUAAAUUGCUCGAGGUUAUCGAUUCCAGCGAGUUGCCUGAAUUUUUGGGUGGUACAUGUACUUGCGCAGAUCAGGGAGGUUGUAUGCUUUCUGAUAAAGGGCCUUGGAAAAAUCCGGAUAUUUUGAAGAUGGUACUUCACGGGGGAGCUCACCGUGCGAAGCAGGUGGUGAAAGUUCUGAACAGCGAAGGAAAAGUGAUUGCUUAUGCAAAGCCGUCUUAUCCAUGGAUAAAGGGAAGUGACACGUCAACUGCAGAAUCAGGUUCUGAAGCUGAAGAUAUCGUCGUGUCUCCAAAAGCAGUAAAGAAUUAUUCUCACCUCCGCUUGACCCCUGUUCGUGAAGAGGCAAAGAUAGGUUCUGGUGAAACGAGCUUUGCAGGUGGUUUUGCAGGUUAUGAUGAGUAUGUUCCAAUGGUUGACAAAGCUGUUGACGCUACCUGUAAGGUCAAACCCGCCGCCAUCAACAGGGUUCCAUCAAAAGGAGCUCGUAUGCCUCCAGAUGUCCCAAAGGAUCAUGAAAGCUUCAGUGCUCGUGUCCUAGUAAUUUUCAUGGCGUUUGUGAUGGCGAUUCUCACAUUCUUCCGCACAGUAUCAAACCGUGUGGUGUCCAAGCAGCUUCCACCGCCUACAAGGCAACCCCAAAUUGAAGGAAACACUGCUACAGAGGAAGCUGAUCUCCUCAAUUCAGUGCUGAAGAAAUUAACCGAACUUGAGGAGAAAAUUGGAGCUCUCCAGUCAAAGCCAUCUGAGAUGCCUUAUGAGAAAGAAGAACUGCUUAAUGCAGCUGUCUGCCGUGUAGAUGCCCUUGAAGCCGAGCUCAUAGCCACUAAGAAGGCGCUUUAUGAAGCUCUGAUGAGACAAGAAGAGUUACUCGCUUACAUUGACCGUCAAGAGGAAGCUCAGUACCAGAAGAAGAAGAGGAAGCAAAUGUUCUGUUUUUAG